AUGGAGAGUGUUUCUUCCAAGUUUGGAAGCAAGGCCUCUUCACGGGUCUCGAAGCAAGGCGAUUUGACUGUUCCAACCGAAACAAAAACUCGUGAAAGCCCGUAUGGGGAGGCGGAUCACGGCGGCCCCGCCGAAGACAAUGACAGUCGCCGCCGCGACGGUGGAAGAGCGAGUCACGAGCCAGCAACAGCGCCGAUACGAUUAUUCGAGCGUCUGUUUGAAAGGAAGUGCCGCACACUCCACUCCACACCUGCAAUGGCAGCAGCCCGGCUUCAGCCCACCCCGUUCGGCAUCAAUCGCUUCGUUUUGCUAGGUGUAUACAUCGUUUACGCAUUACUAACCGGUCGCGUGUACUUUGCGUGGCCGAAUAUUUCGAAUAUGUUAUUCAGGAGUGGCGCUUACCUGUGGCUGUGUGGUGACUUGGGAGAUGCUUCUUCUAUCGACCUUCGCCUCCCGGAGAAUGGUGGAAGGAGAUUCGCCUGUGAACACCAAAAUACAGAGGUGCAAAAUCUCUUUGUCGUCUGUCUCUCGUGUGCCUUCGCUUGUUCACUUUUGGCGGGGUUUCUUCUUGACAAAUUUGGCCCGAAGCUCACGGGCUUGUUCGGACAGACAUUCAACUUCACAGCGUGGAUCCUUCUCGGGCUCGCCGGACGUGGGAUGCCCACAUAUUAUCCAUCCUUUGUUUUGAUGGGUAUCGGAGCAGAUAGCGGCUACAUGGCUACUCUUUCCGUAGCCAACCUCUUUCCCGGACACGAAGGGGUUGUCGUAGCGCUCUUGGGGUCCGCGAAAAGCUUGAGCUUCGCAGUGCCGACUAUAUUGGACACGGUCGAGAGCAAAAACUCAGCAAUAUCUGUCAAAGACACUUGCUUCGGUUAUGCUGCGCUCGGGCCCGGGCUUUGUUGGUUGAUCUGCCUCCUGCUGAUUGAGUUCUAUCCAUUUCUUCCGUGGGCGAGCUUCGUGCACCUCGACGAGGCUGAAGAGAGACUUCGCAGGCGGCAAGAGGGGAGAAGCUGGAGUCACAUUAUUCGUUCAUCUUCUGUCUCCUCGCUCUUCAGCCUGAGGAAGGGGUCCUCUCGUGUGGACAGCAGUGACAUUUUGGCGCAGCAGGUCGACAGUGCUGAUGCACGAGGCAGUAGUGUCGUGGAGCAGGCAGUGACGGCGGCUCCACCCGAGCCUCUUCCGUCUCUUCCACAGCAACUUCUAUCGAAAUUUUGCUUCCUGAUGGUCUUCCACGUUGUUAUUCAAGCACUUGCGUACCCGUUUCUCAGCACUAGUGCUGAGGGCCUUUUUGGCAAGGACGUCAACAACUUCCUCGGCGUCGGCAUGCCAUUUUCUUGCAUCUCUUGCAUUAUUUAUGGCAAGCUGACGGACAUGUAUGGGAUUACUAAAGUUUUGCUUGGGCUUAACACAAUCAUUACGGCCGUUUUUGGUCUGGCGCUCGUUCAGACACGAGCAACGGCGUAUAUCGCAGCUGUUCUUCUUAUUUUUUAUGUGGGAUUUUACUCAUCACAGGUUUAUUGUUACGUUAGUGACACGUUCGCAUCUGCCCAAUUUGGGAGGAUUGUGGGCGCAAUCUUUAUGAUUGGAGGCUUCUGCUCGCUCCUUAAAAUACCGCUUCAGUCUAUGGUUGUUCAUGUUUUUCAUUCGAAGUACACUUGGCCUGUUGUUAUGAUGAUCGGUCUGUGUUUCGUCGAUUACGGUGUCCUCGGGUUGCUGUUCUACUAUAAAAAGAAGUCUCCUCAUCCGUUCUGGCCCACCGAGGCGAUCGCGGACGCCGAGCAAAGAAAGGAGCGAAAGUUUCAAUAUAGUCGAGAACAAAGAAGACGGAAGCGUGGGGUCAGCGGUGAGAGCGAGGCCGAACUGGCGGCCAAAACGACGCUGGUUCCCUCAUCCGAUCAUGGAUGGCGUCUUGAGACAGAACCGGUGGACGUUUGUGUCGCGAUUUCGUUCGGGGAAGAUAGUCAUGAAAGCGUGGAGGGGCAGCCCGCUGCUGUUGCACAGGGUAACGAAAGCCAGGGGAAGUAA